UGGGUGGUGCAGUUUAUCACGUGACAAAUUUGGAAUUGGAAGUGAAGCUGUCAAGUUAAGCUAAUAGUAUAGUAUAUAUAUUAGUGCAGUACUGUUUAAUUUCCAGAGCUACAGCAAUGUCUUACGCCUAUCUUUUUAAGUACAUCAUUAUCGGGGACACAGGGGUUGGCAAGUCAUGCCUUCUACUGCAGUUCACAGACAAGAGAUUUCAACCAGUACAUGACCUGACUAUUGGAGUGGAGUUUGGAGCACGAAUGAUCAACAUCGAUGGUAAACAGAUCAAACUCCAGAUUUGGGAUACGGCCGGACAAGAAUCGUUCCGCUCCAUCACACGGUCGUACUACAGAGGGGCGGCCGGUGCUCUGCUGGUCUAUGAUAUCACAAGACGAGAGACUUUUGAUCACCUGACCACAUGGCUUGAAGAUGCAAGACAGCACUCUAGUUCUAACAUGGUCAUCAUGCUUAUUGGAAACAAAAGUGAUCUUGAUGCAAAGAGAGAAGUGAAAGCAGAAGAGGGUCUGGCGUUUGCUAAAGAACAUGGGCUGGUGUUCAUGGAGACCUCUGCUAAGACAGCUGCCAAUGUGGAGGAAGCCUUCAUAAACACUGCCAAAGAAAUCUACACAAAGAUUCAAGACGGAGUUUUUGAUGUCAAUAAUGAGGCUAAUGGUAUAAAGCUGGGACCCCAACACCAGACCGGAGGAACUGUUCGACCAGGAACAUCAGAGCCGGGCAAGCAACAGCAGGGAGGCGGCGGUUGCUGUUGAAAAUGUACAACUGAUAGCUUUUAUUACAGAAUACUUAUGUGUUGUUUGGUAAUAUCACGCUCCUUGCAUUUAAACAGCACUGUUCAGUUGUUGUACAUGUGCUACAUAUCAUGAUGGUGGAAAAGAUAUUUCUGUUUGUCUGUA